AAGCAAAAGAAAGAAGACAGAGUGGUGGCGUACAAUAGAAAGGAAGCCUCCGCAAAGAAACAGAGAAACUGAAUAACAAAAGCAAAGAGCGGUUUCGCUUCCAAUACCAUUUUGCCAACUAUAAAUACUCCACUCACUAAACCUCCCAAUCACCUUCAUCAUCAUCAUCAUCACCUCCUUCAUCGUUCACGAGUCUUUCAUUUACGCAUAAAACUUUGUCAGAGAUUCAACAAACGUCGAUCAUGGCGAUGAAGCAGGCUGCUACAACAGCGAUUCGAGCUCUUUCCUCUUCUCUAACCUCUCACUCAUCACCUCUCCUCAGGCAUCUUCAUGCUUCUGCAGAGAGCAAGAAGAUCGUCGGUGUGUUUUACAAGGCUAAUGAGUAUGCUGCUAUGAACCCUAAUUUUGUGGGAUGUGUGGAGGGAGCCUUGGGCAUACGCGAAUGGUUGGAGUCUCAAGGACAUGAGUAUAUAGUCACUGAUGACAAGGAAGGACUUGAUUCUGAACUUGAAAAGCACAUUCCAGAUCUCCAUGUUCUCAUAACAACCCCCUUCCAUCCUGCCUACGUAACUGCUGAAAGGAUAAAAAAGGCCAAGAACUUGAAGUUGCUUCUCACGGCAGGAAUUGGAUCCGAUCAUGUUGACCUCAAUGCUGCUGCUGCUGCUGGACUAACGGUUGCAGAGGUUACCGGAAGCAAUGUGGUUUCAGUUGCGGAGGAUGAGCUAAUGAGAAUUCUCAUUCUUGUCAGGAAUUUCCUACCAGGAUACCACCAGGUUGUUAAUGGUGAAUGGAAUGUUGCUGGAAUAGCUCACAGAGCUUAUGAUCUCGAGGGCAAGACUGUUGGAACCGUAGGGGCUGGACGAAUUGGCAAACUCUUACUUCAAAGGCUGAAACCUUUCAAUUGCAAUCUCCUCUACCACGAUCGACUCAAGAUCGAUCCUGAACUUGAGAAGCAGAUUGGAGCACAGUUUGAGGAGGAUCUGGAUGCAAUGCUACCAAAAUGUGAUGUACUUGUCAUCAACACUCCUCUAACUGACAAGACAAGGGGACUAUUUAACAAAGAAAGAAUUGCCAAGUGCAAGAAAGGAGUACUGAUUGUUAACAAUGCUCGAGGAGCAAUUAUGGAUACUCAAGCUGUUGUUGACGCUUGUAACAGUGGACACGUUGGAGGUUACAGUGGUGAUGUGUGGAACCCACAACCAGCUCCCAAGGACCAUCCAUGGCGUUACAUGCCUAACCAAGCUAUGACUCCUCAUAUUUCGGGCACUACCAUCGAUGCACAGUUGCGAUAUGCUGCCGGAGUUAAGGACAUGCUUGAAAGGUACUUCAAAGGAGAAGAAUUCCCUGCUCAAAACUACAUCGUCAAGGAAGGACAACUUGCACCUCAAUACCGGUAAGUGCUUUAGGUUUUGUCUUAUCUGCCAUGGUGUCCUCCCUCUCUCUCCCACUUAGUCAACAAUUAGUUUCCAAAAUAAAUUGGCUUCUGUGGGAGUUCACUUGUGCCUUCAAAAUCAGCGUCUUUGUGAGUCUUUUUUUCUGUAUGUAUCUCAUCAUAAUGUAAUUCCAUCUAAAAUGGAUAUCUUUGAGGAUGAAUCAAAGUUUUUUUUUUUCUCC